ACUACGUUUAUUCGGAGAUUAGCUAGCUUAUCAUGGCUCGUACCAAGCAAACUGCUCGUAAGUCAACUGGUGGAAAGGCUCCACGCAAACAACUGGCUACAAAGGCCGCCCGUAAGAGCGCGCCAGCCACUGGUGGAGUCAAGAAACCUCAUCGUUACCGUCCAGGAACUGUCGCUCUCCGUGAGAUCCGUCGUUACCAAAAGAGCACUGAGCUCCUCAUCCGUAAACUACCAUUCCAACGUUUAGUUCGUGAAAUCGCUCAGGAUUUCAAAACUGACUUGAGAUUCCAGAGCUCUGCUGUAAUGGCCCUCCAGGAAGCCAGCGAAGCCUACCUCGUUGGUCUUUUUGAAGACACCAACCUUUGUGCCAUCCACGCCAAGCGUGUUACCAUCAUGCCCAAGGACAUCCAGUUGGCUCGUCGUAUCCGAGGAGAACGUGCUUAAGCUAUUUCAACAUCACACACCAAUAAACCAAACGGCCCUUUUCAGGGCCAUCAAAUUUUUCAUACUAAGAAAACUCAAUAAGUCAUUUAUUUAUAACAUUUAAUCGUUUACCAAAAAUAACUUCAUUCCUGAUUUACCCAUUUUUUAUUAUUAUCUUCAAGCCAAUUUUUAUCUUGUAGGACAGUCUAAUAUUUUAUGAAAAUUAUUCUUAUUUUUUCAAAGCCACAUUCACUGCGUAAUUAACGCAAAUUUGUAUAAUUUGAG